AUGAAUCAUUCAUCUUGUUCUAAUGAACCAUAUUCUCACGGAUAUGUUCCAUUUCAAUUAGAACUUGGUAAUGGUCUAUUACAUAGUGUUAAGUGUAAAAAUCUUAACCGACAAGACAAAAAUGAUCAUCAUGCAAAACCUAUUAGAAUUACACGUAAUAUUAAUACCGGAAUCGUUUAUUUAUCAUUACCAGAACCACGAUUGCAGCUUGUUAAACAUGAACAAUUACUUGAUCUUAAACAUCAAAUUGAACAAGAUUUUUCUGUACGUUUUCGAUAUAUGAAUGAUAAUGAAUUAAAUCAAAUGUUUUCUAAUAUCAAUGAAAAUGAUAGUAAUCGAUAUAUAAAUAGUUAUCAUUAUUUAUAUCAAUGUGCACUUGAAUCCACAAUAAAAUGUAUUGAUAUAAAUGAAGAAAUAUCACAAAUAAAACAUUUAAUAACAUAUAAAAAUGAAAUUUCAGCUAUAUUAAUACAUAAUCUUGAAUCAGCAAAGAAAGAAAAAAAAAUUUUAUAUAAUAUUGUAACAAAAACAUGGAAAAAAUUCGAUGAACGUAUACAAAAUGAAAUCAAUUCAGAAUAUCAACUCGAACAAUUAAAAGAAGAACAUCAAAAUUUAACAAAUAUGAAAAUAAAACAAGAACAAUGUCAAACGUUUUAUUUUAAAUUACAUAAUAUUAAUAAUGAUGUAACACAUUUAAAACGAGAAAUUCAACAAUUAUCUGGUUAUAAACGCCAACUACAAGAUGAAAUACAUGAAAUUAAAACUCGUUGUUCUCAUAAUUUGAUUCAACUUGAUUUUCUUAAAUCUAACAUUAUUCGAACUCAUACAAAUGAAUUGAAUAAUCUGCAAUUAGAACGUGAUUCAUUAAUAGCUCAAACUGAAUCGAUAAAAUAUAAUUUAUUAGAACAAAUGCAACAGUAUGAUAAUAUUGUUACAAGUUAUCGUACAAGUUUAAAUAGUUUUCGUUUAAUAUUAAUUGAACUCGAACAGCAAUUAAAACAGCAAACAGAUAAUGAACUGAUUCAUUUACAAAUAUCAAACCUAUUUGAACAUCAAACAAUUGACGAUGAUAUUAAUAAAUUAAUAUUAAUAUUAGAAAAUAAAAUUGAUGAAAAAAAAUUAAUAAAUAUUCAAUUACAAAAAACUAUUGAUGAUUUUCAAGAAAGUAUAUUUAAACAAAAACAAUUAUUAAUAAAAAAAGAAAGUGAUUCUAAAACAAUGGAUCAUAUGGAUCAACAACUUAAUGAAAAUAUCCAUACUGAACGCCGAACGAUUGAACGUCAAUUAGCAUUAAAAUUAAAACAAUAUUCAAAUGAUGAUCGUCUUUAUCAUGUAUUAAUUCAAAAUCAUGAUUCAUUAUUAACUAGAAAAAAAUUAGAACAAAUACGUAUGAAUACAUUGAAUGAACGUCUUUAUCUAUUAAUUGAUGAAAAUGAUCAAUUAAAAAAUCAUCUUGAACAUCUUUAUCGUCAACAUACAGAAAUAAAUCCACAUAAUUUACUAGAAUUACGACAAAAAAUUUUUCGUCUUAGACAAAUUCAUCAAACAUUUAUUCAACAUAAACUUAUUUAUGAAUAUACAAAAAAUAAUUAUCAUAAAAUUAAUGACCAAUUAUACAUAAAAACUAGUCAAAUUACUAAUAGGAUAAAUAAUAUUUUAAAAAGAAUACAACAAAAUAAACUAGAUUUUAAAAAUAAUUAUGAACAUAUUCAAAUACUUGAAAAUAAACUUAGCGAAGAACAAGAUCAUUAUCUUCAAUCUAAAUAUUUAUUAACAGAAAUAAAAAAUCAUUCAGAAUCAUAUCGAACUAAACAACAUUUAAUACAAAUGCAAAUACAAGUAACCUCGAAUAAUAUUAAACAUUCUCAAUAUCGUUCAAAAUUCUUUACUGAACAAUUAUUCAUUUACCAUAAAGAUUUACUAGAACAACAAAAGUCUCUCAAUAAAUUACGUGAACUUCAUUCGGUACUUAAAGAACAAGAUGAAAUUCAUCUAAAAAAACUCUCAAAUAUUUACAUUCAAUUUGUUAAUCAUCAAAAUGAAUAUAAAAUUUCCGAGAAAUCUCUUAAACAAACAAAUGAAGAUUUAAUAAAAUAUAUAAAAGUUCGAUCAAUCUUAGGUCGUAUGGUUGUACGACGAAUAAAUUUAUGUCAAUUAUUAUAUAAAAAAUUAGCUCGAUUUGAUGAAUAUAUCCAUCAACGAGAACAAAAUAUUCACAUUAUUUCUAAAUGUAUUAAUUCAUUAAAAAUUCAAAUUCGUCAAAAUCGUGAUCAAAUUAGAAAAUUUAUUAAAACAAAAGAUAAAUUCCAACUUCAGGUUGUGAAAGUUCAUAUUGAUAAGAUGCUUGAUCAUGCGCAUGAAAAACAAAAGCUACUUACGAAACAAAUUUUUCAACGACGUUUUUCCAAAAAACAUCCACUUAAUCCUUUACCAUCAGAAGAAAUGACAUAUUUAAAAAACAAACUUUAUAUAAUAAAAAGUCGUUUGAUAAAAAUAAUUUGUCGUGGAAUUAUUUGUAAUUUAGUUCUGAUCUCGAUUCAACAAGAUUUUUCAAAUCAUUUAGAAUAUUAUACAUCAAAAACUCAUAGAGAAAAUCAUAUAAAUUUAAAUCUUAUACGAACAAAUCUUUAUCAAUUAAUGCGUCAAUUAAAAGCAAAAACAGCUGAAAAUAAUAUGCUUAUUGAUUAUCGAUAUUAUUUUCAAGUAAUUCAUACAUAUACCAUACAACAACUUUUACAAUGGAAAAGUAAAUUAUAG